CUUUGACGUUAUAAAAUGUCGCCUUUGUUAUUGUCACAUAUAUCUGUCAAUUUUAUAAACACAAUUUUUCAUUGAAUUUAUUGUUUUGGAUAUUUUUUAUUUUUCUAUUUUUGUUUUAUAACUAUAAAAUGAAACCUGGGCUAUCUCAAUCUAUGCGAUCGAUUCGAUCUGCUUAUAGUACACUAAAUUAUGAGGAGAACCGUGUGUUAAAUUUUGAUGAAUACAUGGUCAUGGCCUGCAAGAAAUUUGCUUGUGCAUACCCUAUAAUCAUCAAAAAGGACAUACAAGGUGAUGACCCUUACAAAUCUAGCAAACGUAGCGAAUGCGGAAAAUCCGCGAAGGUAUGUAUUGUGACACAAUUCGUGAAUGAAGAUCUUCUUGCUGAUCUAGAAAAGGGUAGUGCCUUAACUCACCCAUCUGUUACAAUGCCUCUUAAUUUAAUACACGAAGAAAUGAUACCAAUAGACACUUUAUACAAUAACAUGAAUCAAAUUGUCGAGAUAGGAAUACAUAAAGUAAAACAUGUUCAUCGCAUAGUUAUACAACUGAUAUGCUUAAUAGCCCCUUAUUUUCAGCAACUAGCAAAAAUCUCCAUAACUAAAUCUAAUGUCGAUGUUUACACUAUCCAUGAAUUGAGCAAGAUGUUGCCUCUAUCUUACGUCACAGAAGUUUGUUUAGAUCAAACGCAUCUCGCGGAAGCCAAUUAUGCCAUACUUUUAAAUACUUCGCACCUCAGAACUUUAUCUUUAAGUAGAUGUCUUAUAAACGAUGAAGUUAGCAAAUUGUUAGCAUCAAAAUUACAUUACAUGGCAUCAGCUGAAACUGGUUUAAUUGCUUUAAAUCUAUCCUCAAAUCACAUAACUGAUUUGGGAGCGAAAUAUUUUGCAGAUGCUUUAAGGACCAAUAGACAUUUACGCUAUUUGAACUUGGCUGAUAAUCGUAUUGGUGACGAAGGUGCAUAUCAUAUACUAGAUAUUUUGAUGGAAUUUCCACUAACUUACGAGGAAAUAGUAAAAAAACGCAGACGGUAUUUAGAAUACUUAAAAAUGAGAAGAGCUUUGUUCUAUAAAGCUUACCAUGAAUGGGACUGCAAAUCGGUCGACGAAAGUCAAGCAAGCAAAAAAUCAAUGCCUAAGAAACGAAGAAUCUCGGCAACUUCGUUGAAAAAUAAAGCAAUUACAAAGAAAGAUAAACCUACAAAGCAAAGUUUUACUGAUGAAUACGCGUUUUGUAAAGCGGACAUGUUAUCUGGUGAGAUGAUAGGUCCGUUCUUGGAUCCUUUUGGGCCUAAGUUUUCCAAAAUCAAAGAUAAUUAUACGUAUUGUACUGGUAAUAUGUGUUUGAGCUAUUUGAAUUUGGCGUAUAAUAAUUUAACGUAUCAAACUCUGAAGAAAUUACAUAACGUGGUGCUAUAUCAAAGCGUCAAUAAGAAAAUGGGAAUGCAAGGCUUGAUUAAAAUAGUUAUUGAUGGGAAUUUCAUGCCGGCAACAUCUCCAGAAAUUCGUAUGAUUAAUGAAUUGAUCAGUAAGAACAUUUCUGCUUUUGGUAGUAAGGCACAAUCAGAAUAUGGAAAGAGGAAUAAAGGUACGCCUAGAAUAUCUGUGUUACCAGAAAGAAAUAUAGAAAAAUAAUUCGCUAUACUGCUUUUUAUAAUACUUUAUUGAGUUACAAAUGUGUAUUUACAAUAAGAAUUGAACAAAUAAACAAUAUAAAAUUAA